GCCCGGCUCUCCCUGCGCCCCGAGAUAAAGGACGGGCACCGAGGCACACAUGGUUUUGGGGACGCGCCGCCCGGCUCCGGCUCCGCCUCUCGCCCGCCCCGCAGCCUCCCCUCGGGGUGCCCGCUGCGCCCGGGCCGGCCGGCCGGCCGGCGUGGACAAGUCGGCGGCCGCGGACAGGUGGACGGGCCCCCCGCGCGAGCCCCGGCCCGGGGAAGGGGGCGUCGGGGUUGCCAAAGUUUGUCUCCGCGAGGGGCGGAGUGGGGGUGGGGAGGCGAGCCCGCAAGCCGCGAGGGGCGCGGGGGCCGGCGGGCCCGGGGCUCCGCGGCCGGCACACGCCCACCCCGGCCGACCCCAGCCGGCCGGGCCGCCCGGAGCCCGCACGGCCCCGCGGGCCGAGGGGGCGGGCUGGGGCCGGCGGGGGUGGAAGGGCAGUGUCCAUGGCAACCAGGGGGGUCCGGCCUCCCGCGCAGCCCCGCUCCCCCGGCGCCCGGCCGCCGCCCCCUCCCCAGCGGCCUGGCCCGGCCCCGGCGCGGUCGCGGCGCUGCCCCCCCACCCCCGGCGCGGCGGGGUCCCGGGCGGCCCCGCGGCAGCGGAGGGGGUGGCGGGAGAGGGGCCGCGCCAGCCUCCCGGCGGGCCGCGCCGGCUAAGGGGCGGCCGGGCCGGCUGCGGCCGAGGCGAGCGGAGCGCUCGGCGGGCCCCACGCCGGACUGCGGCAGGCGGGAAGGAGGCGGGAGCUUACCUGACCCGGCUCGGCGCUCGCUCCAUCCCCCUCGGCCGCCGCCGCCGCCGCCGCACACAGCCCUGCCGCCCGGCGGGGGACAAUGACGUGCCUCCAUCCGGGCACCGCCGCCGCCGCCUCCGGGUCAGCGCCGCGCCCGCAGCGCCCCGCCGGGCCGCCAGGGGGCGCGCCAGGGCCGCGCCCGCACGCGCCUCCGCCCAGGGGCCGUCGCCGAAGAGGCGCGCAGCUAACGGGCCCGGCGAGCGCGGGAGGGGUCCGUCGCCAAAAGGGCGGCGGGCGCGGGCCGGCCUGGCGCGUCAGCAGAGCGCCGGCCGAGGGGGCGCGCUGAUUGGCUGAGGCGGGGCGCGGCGCAGGCCCGGGGAAGGGCUGCUUCCGUUCGGGGCUGCCGGGAGCAGGCGCCCGGACGCUGAGGGCGCUGGAGGCCGCCGGAGCGCUGACGAGACGAGGCGGCGCGUGAAGCUUCCCGCGCGGGCGCUCCCCUCAGGGCCGCCGGACCCCAUCGCGGCGCCCCGCUCACCCGCGCCGGCUGCAGACGCUGGGCUCCAGGAAAGGCGGAGGGGAUUUGAAGCCGGGCUCCGGAACGGGGUAGACGCCCACCUGGUCUGGAUUCCGUCUCGGCUCCCGGCGUUCCGCGUUCUCCGAGGGCCAGAUCCAAGCCUGGACGGCCCCGGGACGAGCUGGACCCAGAGCUCCUGCGCCGCGGCGGCUCCUGCCCGUCAACGGAUCCCCCAGCCUUGAUGAGGGACCGGACCUGGGUCUUGGGGCCCCACGCGAGCUGACCCCCAAGGCCUGUCCGGAGUCCGUGGUCCUAGCCCUCCGAGAGGCAGCCUGCCUUCUCAGGAUCCCAUCAACCUUUAUUUAUUUGCGACCAGGAUGACCCUUCAAAGCCACAAAUCCCGACCCCACCCCCAGCACGCCCUGUCCUACCCUACUCCCAAGUCUGCUCUGCUUCCUCGGGUCUCCCAGGCUUAGUGCUAACUAACCUCCCCACCCCUCCGUGUAGGUGGCAAGGGUCUUUCCUGGUAGCAGUUAUUUUGCUGUCUUUACGGAAAGAAGUUGAAGGGAAAUGUCACUCGUGGGUCUCGAGCAGACUGCUGAAGUAUUUUGAGGAAACAAAGACGGGGAAAGAUGACUUUCAGACGAUUAAAUCGGAAUGCCAAGGAACUUAAUAUGCACCUGAGCUUCGUGGGGCUUGGAAAUGCCACCCUAAGAAGGCACAUUGGGAGCCUGGCUUCUAAUUUCGUCUUUCACAUUCUGUUGAAUUGCCCCUUCGGCGUGCCCCUUGAAUCUCACUACAGUACCUGAGCAACUUGAAUAGGAAAAGGGAUUAGGGUGGAAAAAUCAGCCCUUGGAGCUCUCCAGCCAAAACGUGCUCUUGGAGGGGAACUUGCACCCUCCUGCCAUAGAGCAAACACAGAGGCCCUUUCCUUCUAGAGUUCUUGCAAACUGUGUGACCUACGGGAGCUGCACUUAGCCUGUCUCCUCCUCUAACCAGCACGGGCCACGCUAGAGGCAGUGCCAAGUGCCUGCAUCCUCACCCGGAAGAGGUGAUCAGGGAGCAAAAGAUGUGCCAGUGAAGGAAGAAUGAGCCGGCGCUGAGCUCAACAGGCUAAUCCUCUGCCUUGCGGCGCCGGCACACUGGGUUCUAGUUCCUGUCGGGGCGCCGGAUUCUGUCCCGGUUGCCCCUCUUCCAGGCCAGCUCUCUGCUGUGGCCCAGGAGUGCAGUGGAGGAUGGCCCAAGUGCUUGGGCCUUGCACCCCCAUGGGAGACCAGGAGCAGCACCUGGCUCCUGCCAUCGGAUCAGCGCGGCGGCCAUUGGAGGGUGAACCAACGGCAAAGGAAGACCUUUGUCUCUCUCUCUCACUGUCCACUCUGCCUGUCCAAAAAAAAAAAGGAAGAAUGAGAUUUUCUGAGGACCACUUCACACUCAGGGAACCUACAGCAGGCACUGUUAAUGCCCUCUCCCGAUAGCCUUUUACUGGCUCCUGCCCACCAUGAGUGUUGGCCACCCCCGUUCUGGCUGAAGGGGAGCGUCGUCUUCCGCUGAGAGCCCAUCCUUGCUUCUCCCUGCCGUGCCCUCUCUCACUGGCUUCCUUUCCAGAGCACUCCCUUAAUAUAUCACUUGCACCAAGAUUCUCUACCUAGCCCAGGAAUGGUCCCAAGAAGCGAGUGUAAGGGCAGGAUUUCAGGCGAUGGGUGGGAUGCUGAGAACUGAGUGAUUGUGUCUGGCUCCCACCUGGGGAACCAUACACUGGGAAAGGGGAACAUUCAGACUGCAGACUCCGAGUUAACGCAGUCAACUGGAGACCUUAAGCACCCUCAGGACUUCAUUGCUGGGGAGCCAAUGAAUACACUGUGUCCUGACCCAGCUUCCUCACUGGGCUCGCUGCUGGUUUCCUUGGUUCCAAAUGUAGCCCUCAAAUGGCCACCUUAGCAGUUCCUGGCCUUGUAGAAUUGCUGUGGAGAAAGCCAACUGGAAGCCCCUGUAGCUGCACUCUGGCCAAGAGAGUAAUUCUUGGGGUGAGUGGCAGAGAACAGUGCCAGCCACACAGAGUUGUGGAGCACACACAUGCCAAUCCCGUUCACCAGUGUGGCCUCUGCAAAAAAACGGAUAGCUCAUGAGAAUGACGGCGAAGUUGUGCAGACUCAGUCAUCAAGGACUCUUAGUGCCAGCUUCAUGCCCCCACUUCCCACUGCAUCCCUCGGAGCCCUUCAACGCCCACAACACAGCGGAGUAGUUUUUGCAAUCUCUUGGUCGAUCCUUUGUUGACUAGGCUCAGUUGGUCCUAAGUCCCUCACACCAAAUUUGAACUAAGUCGUUCACCUCCAACAGAUUUUACUCAUAACCAGUGUGAACAAACGUGGAAGAAAUGAAAUACACAACCAGCAAAAAAAAAUUAGUUAGCCAUAAAAUAUAUUCAAAAGUAUCUACUGGGGCCGGCACUGUGGCAUAGUGGGUAAAGCUACUGCCUACAGUGCCAGCAUCCCAUAUGGGAGCCAGUUUGAGUCCUGGCUGCUUCACUUCCUAUCCAGCUCUCUGCUGUGGCCUGGGAAAGCAGCAGAAGAUGGCCCAAGUCCUUGGGCCCCUGCACCCAUGUAGGAGACCUGGAAGAAGCUCCUGGCUCCUGACUUUGGAUCCACACAGCUCCAGCCGUUGCAGCCAUUUGGGGAGUAAACCAGCAGAUGGAAGUGUCUGUCUGUCUGUCUCUCUCUCCCCCCUCUCUGUAACUCUGAGGGAGGAGGAAGGAGAAAGAUGAGAGAGAAUACCUUCCUUUCACUGAUCAAGUGUUCCGAUGACUGUCAGUAGACUUGUCCUGGCAGCCCAUGUAGAGACUCAGUCAUCACAUGGUGUCUGGGAACAAAGACAGCAGGUGUAAAUUCUGCCUCCAGCUUUUCUUUAUGAGUUGAGUUCUUUGAGUCUUGCUUUGGUCUCUCGUGAAAGGAAAGACUGGUUGAAUUUAUCAAAGCCAAUUUUAUCCUGAUGGAUAAUUAACACUCCUUCCCUCAAAGCCAGUAUAAGGCAUUGAUGCCUGCAAGUUUUCAAGGUGGGUCCUGGUUGAUCUUCUGAGGGAAGGGAACCUGAAGCCACAGCUGGCCACAUCUUAGACCUGAGAUGGUUACUUUCAGGGGACACAACCCAAGCUUCUCGUUUGUGAAUUGUCAAAAUAAUAAUUUAGAACUCAGCAAGCCAGGCAUUGGAGAUGCCACCCCUUCUCUCCACAGACCCUUUUGUGUUGGAACCCGCAGGUCUGCACAGUUAGUUACAACACACAGUCACACGUUUCCAAAUGAAGAAGGCAAUCACAGGGGAAAGGGGGUGGGUUUAACCCAGGCAUGGAUUCUGUUCAGGACAAGUUUACAGAGAAGGUGAUCAGCCCUUGAAGAUUAAGUAACACUCUCACCCCCACCACCAGGUAAAUGAAGUCUGGGAAAAGGAUGCAAACAUUCUAGGAGCGAAUGUCAACUGGAAGAAACAAUGUUCCUCUCUUAUAUCCUUCCAUGGCCCUUGGGUUUCAGAAAGUGCAGCAGAGGGAGAGAAUCAGAGAGAGAGAGAGAGCAGUCUUCCUAUCUAUCUUCCUUCCGUCUGGUUCACUCCCCAGAUGGCCCUGGCCCAAGCCCGGAUCUCCAUCUGGGUCUCCCACAUGGGUCCGGGGGCCCAAGCACUUGGGCCAUCUUCCGCUGUUUCCCCAGGCACAGUAGCAGAGAGCUGGAUCAGUAGUAGAGGAGAGGGGACUCCAACUAGCACCCAUAUGGGAUGUUGGUGUUGCAGGUGGCAGUUUAACCUGAUGCUUCACAGUGCCAGCACCGCAACAAAGCUGUUGAUGAACACACUCAACACGGAGCUGUGUAGAAUUUCUUUUUCUUGAAACCAUUCACUCAGCAAACAAGCACCUAGAAUCAGCUCUGGAAGUCUGGAAGAGAAACAUGGGAUCAGUCCCAAACAGAGCCUGUCCUCCGUGAGCUUUCAGGAUGUUUAUAUAAAGCAUCAAGCGAUUAAUGACGACGAGGGUGAGGGACUACAGAAAAGACUUCCCUGGCAGAAGGCAGAUUGAGAUUUAGCAGGAAGGGCUCAAUGAAACCGGGGAACUGGGGACAGGAAAAACUCAGAGAGGAGAGAUUUGUGGGGACAGAGAUGUGCAGAGGAAUCCAAGAGAGGAAGGGAGAACCGAUGUCCAAUUCACCUUGAUGGACAUUUGAAGAAGGCAACUCACACAACUUCAGCAGAUCCGUUUCUCAACAAAGCACAGCAAGUUAGGCUGGCAUCCCAUAUCAGAGAACAGGUUCUAGUCCCAUUGUGCAGUUUCCUAUCCAGCUUCCUGCUAAUGCACUUGGUAUAGGAGCAGAUGAUCGCCCAAAUACUGGGACCCUGACACCGAGAAGGGAGACUCAGACAGAGUUCCUGGUUCCUGGUUUCAGCCUGUCCAGCACAGGCUAUUGUGGCCAUAUGAGGAGUGAACCAGUAGAUGGAAGAUUCUCUCCCUCUCUCUCUCUCUCUCUCUAUAUAUAUAUAUAUGUAUAUGUAUGUAUGUAUCCCCAUAUGGGAUGCUGACACUGCAGGUGAUGGCUUUACCUGCUAUGCCACAGUGCUGGCCCCCAUAAAUAAAUCUUAAAAAAAAAAAAGUACUCUAAGCCAACUCUGUCCCAAACUUUU